AUGUCCCUCCAGCGGUCUCUGCUGUCAGGUACUGGGGUUCGGAAGAAGCUCGUGCACAGAGAGAUUCUGAGCGGUUCAGAGAGGUUCAGAGAGGUUCAGAGAGGUUCAGAGAGAUUCAGAGAGGUUCUGAGGUUCAGAGAGGUUCAGAGAGAUUCUGAGGUUCUGAGAGGUUCUGAGAGGUUCAGAGAGGUUCAGAGGUUCAGAGAGAUUCAGAGAGGUUCAGAGAGGUUCAGAGAGAUUCAGAGAGGUUCUGAGGUUCAGAGAGGUUCUGAGAUUCAGAGAGGUUCAGAGAGGUUCAGAGAGAUUCAGAGAGGUUCUGAGGUUCUGAGAGGUUCAGAGAGGUUCAGAGGUUCAGAGAGGUUCAGAGGUUCAGAGAGGUUCAGAGAGGUUCAGAGAGGUUCUGAGGUUCAGAGAGGUUCAGAGAGGUUCAGAGAGGUUCUGAGAGGUUCAGAGAGAUUCAGAGAGGUUCAGAGAGGUUCUGAGGUUCAGAGAGAUUCAGAGAGAUUCAGAGAGGUUCAGAGAGGUUCUGAGGUUCAGAGAGGUUCUGAGAGGUUCAGAGAGGUUCAGAGAGGUUCAGAGAGGUUCUGA